AUGUCUUUCAAUUUUUCUAAUAUCAGGAACUCUCCAUCUACUCAGUCUAGUAGUCAUUCAUUUCCUACUCCAUCCACCACCCCAUUCACCCAUACCCCAUCCACCACCCCACACUUCCCCCCUGCUCAAAACAAUCCCAAUAUCAAUCCCACCCUUCUGGAUGAAGAUGUCAUCCCAGCUCGCUUUAUUGAUGCCCUCACCAAUCAGUUUAGUUUUGGUGAUUCCGAGCAGGACCUACAGCAUAACCUCCAUGGCUUUGCAAAGGCAGAUGGGGCAUGGCCUCCAGAAAGCAGAUAUUGCUACACAUUCAUACUUACUUGCAGCCAUUUUCAGCUUAAUCAAGGAAAACCAGACCUGCAAAUUCAACUCAAAAACACAUUUACACUAUCACACGAACAGAAGGCUAAUGUCCAUAUUGUUGCUGGAGACAUAAUUUUUGAGGCUAGCCAGAUCACAUUUAUGACAAUCCACUUUGACGUUGAGGUCCAGCAAUCCCAAAAAGAAUUACAGUUCACAAAUAUCUAUGGUAACCCAGCACAAGAGAAAAUCCUAAUGGCAUAUAUCAAGCAGCAAUGCUCAAGCAUUUAUAGUGUCAUUGGAGAUGGAACAUGCACACUCUCUGAUUUUGUGUUUGAAAGUGCACAGUGGUACAAAAUUGGUGGACCCACUUUGGGCCUCACACCAGCAUGCACCACUCGACUUGCUAUACUUCACCAUUUUGCUUAUGAAAAUCCUGAGCUCCUUGACUGUGAGGAAGAUGUUGAGGAUGAUUCACCACCAAUGGAAGAUGACUCAGGCUCACAGCACCACUCUGCCCAAGAGCCUCAAAAGAAAAAGCAAAAGCAUGGUGGCCGUGUCCCCAGGGGAGAGGAUUUCUGGUUGCAAGUGGAAAAAUGGUUUGAUGCAUGCAGAAAGCAAUGGGGCAAUUCAUGGACCACACCCAACUGGAACAGCUACAUCUCAGAAACAAUUGCCAAGGACGAAGAUUGCUACAAGGUCCAUGUCAUUCACAACCCAUUCAUGGAAGAUGUGCACACAGAUGACAGGUUUUUCACUGGGCCCAUCACUUCAGCUGGUCUUGGGGCUGCUGAGGAUCUCCUUCAAGAAAUGGUUUGA